AUAUCAGCAGAUGGUUUAUGAUGUUGCUGGUCCAAAUCUCAUAGCAAGGAAUAUGCGUGAGGAGCCAAAUGUAGAAGAUAAAAAAUUCUUCGACAUGUUAGAUGCUGCUGAUAGACAAUUAUGGUCUGGUUGUGAAAAGUUGACACAAUUAUCUGCUGUGGCUCGAUUGCUAAACAUAAAGACAGAAUAUCGUCUCCCAGAGCAAUGCUUUGAUGCAUUCUGUCAAUUGUUUAAGGAUGGUUUACCUGAAGACAAUAACAUGGUUGAUAGUUUUUACCAGACAAAGAAACUAAUACAAGGGCUUGGGCUACCAGUGGAGAAAAUUGAUUGUUGUAGGUUGGGGUGCAUGCUGUAUUGGGGUGAUGAUAAGGAGUUAACCCAAUGCAAAUUGUGUCAGCAACCAAGGUUGACUAGCUCAGAUGUAUGUGCUAGAAAAAUUACUAAGUUGUUCAAAGAAAGAAUAGAUCCUAAUGGUUAUGCAUGGGGACAACUUAGUGUUGAGACAGUUGAAUUUUAUUGGGAAGAAUUCAAGAAAUUUUUUGAGUGGGAUGCUACUAAAACUGCUGUAGUGUAUAAUGCUUGGGAGAUAAAGGCUAAAAGAAGAUAUGCUGAUUACAUAAGUAGAAUAAGGAAAAAGCCAAGACCUCCCUAUGUCCCACCAGAAAUAUGGAUAAAAUGGAAUGAUGUUUGGAAUUCUGAGGAGGGAAAGAAGAAAACAGAAUUGGCUAAGAAAAAUAGGCGUGGAGGAGUUUUAACUGGAGUUGCUCAAUCUACCCAUACCACAGGAUCAACACCUCACGUAAAAGUUGCAGCUCAACUUGAAGGACAAUUGGGUCAUUGUCUAUCGUAUUAUGAACUGUUCAGGCAUACACAUACCAAACAACACGAUGGGCAAACAUUCAUAGCUGAAAAAGCCAAACAAAUUCAUGAACAAGUUGAAUCGCAACGGGAGAUGUUGGCAGAAAAUGGGGAGCAAGUGGAUGACAAUCAAUUAUACUAUGACGCGGUUGGUGGACACGAUAAGAAAAGAAGAGUUUAUGGACUUGGUUCAUAUGGUUGUUCUGUUGUUCAUGGUCCAACUAAUGAUAACACUUCUGGCAAUAUGACACCAACAUCGCGACCACCCGACAAUACUACUUCUACUUCUGCAAAUGUACAACAUGAAAUUCAGAGUUUGAAGGAAACUAUUCUCCUUAUGCAACAACGACUUGAUGCUAUUGAUGGCGGGAGAGCGGGUACUUCAUCAUCACCUCCAUCUCAAAUCAAUUGAUUUUAAUGGUUGUUUGUUAAUUUUGUUUAGACUUGAAUUUACUAUUAUAUUAUGUAUUAAGUGUGGAUUGAUAAUGUAUUAUUAUGUUGUUUAGACUUGAAUUGACUAUUAUAUUAUGUAUUAAGUGUGGAUUGAUAAUGUAUUAUUAUGUUGUUUAGAGUUUAAUUGACGAUUAUAUUAUGUAUGAAA